AUGGCGGCGUUAUGCGGUCGAAUAAAUGGCGGGAAUCUUGUCUCUAAACUAUUAUUCAGGGAGGUUCGUGGGUCAUUACAGGCACAUAGGCAUCAGAGAAAAGAAAAGGUGUUCAAAAAAAUUCCUGGAAGACUCUGUUUCAAAUUAACAUCUCUUGUUCCUCGUAUUCUCUUGGAUGAAGGGUAUGUGUUUCUGGGAUUUACAAAGGAUGGUCAGUUUGUCAUCUCCUAUUCCCUCCAAGUUGAUACAGAUGAAAACACUGGUUUUCUUCCAGUGUAUGUAUACAAUCUACAGUGGUGGUGGUUCAUACCAUAUAAACCUUUAAAAAAGGUUUCAGAGGUGCGCCUUUUUGAAGAUGGAAUUGAACCCGAUAUCUUCAUUGCAGUUUGUGAAUGGCCUGCAGACAGAUCAAAAAUUCUUGUCUAUGGUCACUGUGUACCAAGGAGUAGAGAAGAAGGAACUCAGUGCUUUAUCACCAUAACUGCCGUGCCACCUUUGAGUUCUUGCAAAGAUUGUUACAUUGCAGAAACCAAUUUUCCCUGUGUGAAGCAUAAAAACAAGGUGAUGUGCUUGAAACACAGUUUCUGCAUCUACUGCAAAUAUGAACUGGCCCCACCAUUUCCUUCUUUCAUUCCUCAAAUCCAGCUCAAAAUGGAUGGUGUGGUUGUCCUCAACACAGGAGAUUCUCUUGUGGCCCUGGAUUUCCGCAUCAACCAACCUACAACUACUUGUAGUCGGACAGGUAACCAUACAGAUGAAUCCAAGAGACUUUUCAGCUGUGGCAGUACAAACCCUGCUAACUCAGGGAGUGGCAUUAAUGCCAACAAACAUGUCAAUGGAUAUUAUAAUUUCAGAGGAUCCCCAGUAGGCUCUGACUCUGCAGCAGAGUCUGAUGAGGAGAGCUGGGGUCGGAAUGAUACAAAACCCACUUGCACUUCAGUGACAAGCACUUCAUCAUCUUGUACAACCACAACCAGUAGUUCCACUCCUAUGAAUAGCAGCAGUGGCGGUGGUGGCGGUAGUAGCAGCACAAGCAUGACCAGCAGUGUGUCUAGGUGUUGCCAAAGGACUAAAUUUCACCCAGUCAAUCCCUCCAACACUGACCAAAUGGAACAACCACAACAAUACCUGUGCUGUUCGACUUGUUGUAGUGAGUCAUCUGCCACAGCCUGUUGCCGGCACAGCAAGACAACUGGUCACUGCCGGAACUGUAACUGUGAGAACACUUGUCCUCUCUCUUUGAACAACUCCAACAAUAGCACUGGUGGUGGGGGUGGAGUUGAUGAAACCCUCACUAACCGAAGUCUGAAGCAGCCAUGCUGUACUGUCUGUGAUAGAACUCUGACCUCUGCCUCAUCGGCAUCUUGUCUCCAUCAUCAUCAUCACCACCAUCACCAUCAUCAUCAUCAUCACAACCACAGCCACCACCAUCAUGUCGGUACAAACUUCUCUCCAGCUCCACCUUCUCCUACCAGCUGCUGUGAUAACCAUGCUAACAGACUGAGUGACAACAACAGUCGUUGGUGCCGUGCUGUCAAGCAACGCGGCGGGGGCACUAGCCCGUGUUGUUGCACAUGUGCCGUUGAGGCUGCCAAAACUGAUUCUGCACCUUCGCUGCCAUCACCUCUUCCUCCUUCUGCUGUUUUUCAGCACAGUACCAAGCUGAAUGUCUUGGAGGAAUGUCGGUGUUUAAAGAGAAAUGGUGCUGCCCCUGGAGUUGGUACCCAUCACUCAAAAUGUUUCUGCAGCUCAGUUGGUGACCCUGACUCUAAAGAGAACAUGGUUGAGUCAACCAGUCAGCAUCCCAAUAAUAAUAAUAAUAAUGGUUUGUCUGAGCAAUCUUUCUUCUCUCCCAGCAACAGCAGUAGUGGAAGUAACACAACAAACAGCAACGAAAACCUACCUGAUUAUUUACAUCCUAAUAAGUCUCGUUCAAUGUCUUUCUCCUUGAAGAAAUUUACAUAUCUUACUGAGGAGACUAAUGUCGACUCCAUUUUUCUCAAUGAAGAUGAUUUUGAUUUUGAUUUAGCUUACCGCAGCAUCUUACCUCUUGAAGUGCGUGGCACUGAUCAAAAAAUGAUGACAGCUACCAAGUCCAAUACAGAUUCAAAUCAGGUUAGUUGUUUUUGCUUCUUUUUUUUUCUCACACACACACACACGUUCUCUCUCUUUUUCUUGCUCUCUCUCCCCCUUAUUUGA